CAACGCGUGCGUGUUUAUAUUCAGACGUGAGCGAGAAGCAUCAUCUAGUGACACCGUGACCCUUGAGGCAGCCAACCCGGAUUCUCGACGUCGAAUCUCAUAAUCUUUCUCCCUCUCCUCUCUGCGAGCUGCUUGCCGAUAUACCUGCCCAUACAGCUACCUAGCGACGUCGACAACUCGCGCAGAGAUGGACGAGCUGCCCCUCCUGCCGAACGGCCAGCCGAUGAUACCGUACGGCCCGGACGCCACCUGCACGCUGGAGCUGUGCCCGAUCGAGUGGUCAGUCCUGCAGUACCGCCCGGACCUGGCCGCCAACAUCAUCUUCCUCUGCCUGUUCUUCGUCCUCCUCGUAGUCCACGUCGUUCUGGGCUUCCGAUGGCGUAGCUGGUGGUUCAUGGGUUGGGUGGUAUGCGGCAACAUCAAUGAGAUCAUCGGCUACGGGGGCCGCAUCAUGCUCUACCUCAACCCGUUCAGCUUCGCCGGGUUCAUGAUACAAAUCAUCUGCGUCGGCUGCGGCCCCGUCUUCUACUCGGCAGCCAUCUACGUGACGAUGAGCAAGACCGUCGAGGCCCUCGACCCGUCCCUGUCCCGGAUCAAGCCGAAUCUGUACUACAUCGUGUUUAUGGCCUGCGAUACCGUGGCGCUUAUCUUCCAGGCCGUUGGCGGCGGUCUCUCGAGCUCGACCUCCGGAGAGAGCGAGGCCGCGGUCGACCUGAGCCUCGCGGGGCUGGUCUUCCAGGUGUUCUGCAUGGCGGUGUUCGGGGUGCUGAUGGGGGAGUACAUCUACCGGUACGCGCGGGCGCAGGGGGGGGCGGCGGCGAUCGGGGCGCGGCUGAAGCUGUUCCUGUGGGCGCUGAGCGCGGCCGUGCUGCUGAUCCUCGCGCGCUGCGCGUACCGCGUCGCCGAGCUCCGCGGCGGCUACCGCGGCGGCCUCGUCAGCAACGAGCCGCUCUUCGUCACGCUCGACAGCGUCCUCGUCGUCCUCGCCGCCGCCGCCCUCGCCGUCGGCCACCCCGGCCUCGUCUUCCUCCCCACCUACACCGGCCUCAAGCCCCCCAAGGGGCCCGCCGCCGCAGAGGAAGCCGGCCAGAAAGGAGAGGCCGAUAGCGCCAUCGCGCUCCAGGAUCGGUAAACUGGCUUGCUGGUCUGCGAAGGCCGUCACAUCCCGGCUGUUUUCUUCUAGGGAGCAAGGAUGCGGUAUAGAUGCUUGGUUAUGUGAAUAUGUGUAUAUAUCCUGUGCGGUCUAGUGGUUAUAGCCUUCCGG